AUGAUGCCGGGCGAGACCCACUCGGCGGCGCCCGGGACGGCGGCGGACCUCUCGCGGUGUCAGGGCUGUGCCUCCUUGCAGCAGAACUUAAAUGAAUAUGUUGACGCAUUGAUUACCUUGAAACAAAAAAUUAUUAAUACAGAUAAUUUGCUAACAGAAUACCAGAAGAAAUGUGAUGAGCUGCAGUUUGCAAGAAGAGAAAAUAGUACUUUACAUCACCAAGUGGAGCAGAUGCUGCAGAAAAUUUCUCCUCUGCAGAAGUGUCAGGAAGAACUAGGAUCUUUAAAAGCAGAGCUAGAAGAGAAAAAGAGUUCUCUAAAGUUAUAUCAGGACACUCACCAGGAAUAUGCUCGUGUAAAAGAGGAAUGCUUGAAAAGUGAUGCACAGAAGAAGAAACUCGAAGCUAAGGUGAAGAAGCUGGAAGAAGCUGCUGUCAAGCAAACUCAAGACUUCAAACAACUAAGAAAUGAAAAGAAAAUACUUGAAAAAGAGUUUAAGAAGACACAGGAAAGACUUGACGAAUUUUCCAAACAGAAAAAUGAGAAAGAAUUGAGACAUAUUGGAACACAAAUUUCAAGUGAUUCAUAUGGAAGCAUAGAUAAAAGAAAAGUGAAACUGCUCCUGAAGGAACUCUGGCUCUGUAUAAACACAGCACACCGACUACCCAGUGAAGGCAGCAGACGUGUCCCAGAAAAACCUGCCAAAGAAGAUACAUCUGGAACUUCUGGGGAAGAUGGCACACUACCUCCAGCACAAGGCGGACCUCUCAGGGCCUCAGAUGUGCAGACAUGUCUCACAAAACUGUCUAUGGAAAUGGAGGGUGACUUUGCUUCAUGUAGAAGUGUGAAUAAAGAGAGGCCUGGCAGAGCAAACCACAGUAUUGACCAUGUUUCUGAUGAGGAUGGGAAUACUAAGGUCUCAGUGCCGACUGGUGAUGAUGGUGACAGGACUCACUUAUCUGACCACAGGCAGUUUUUCGAUGAAGACCUUCAAGCUGCAAUUGACUUCUUCAAACUCCCUCCUCCUCUUCUGUCUCCAGUGCCCUCACCCCCUCUGAUGUCACCACACCCAAUAAGCUCCUUACCUUCUUCACUUGCACCUGAAACGUACUUUGGAGAGUAUACAGAUUCCAGUGAUAAUGACUCAGCCCAGCUACAAAAUUCUGCUGACUCUCUUUCAGAAGAUGAUACAACUGAAUCACAGGAUUAUUUUGGCUUAUCUAGAAAAAGUAAAGAGAAUAGUAUCUGGGAGGAGAAGUCCAAAUCACAUGAAGCUAUCCAGGCUCUAAAUCAAUUGGCAGUAAAUAAAGUGACAACUAUUGGAUUUGAGACUUUAACAACAACACUGAGAGAACCUUCAACAACUACAUCUUCUUUAGCUCGGGAAAAGCACUGGACAGUUUCAUCUGAAUUCAUGAGUGAUAGAAAAAGAGACAUUUUAGAUGAGGCCAAAAGACAGGUAGAGAUUAGGGAGAUGGUUCAGUGUGUGCAGACAGAGAAGACAUCUCAUAAGCCCACUAGGGGUCUCUGGGUUGAGAAGCUGUCGGGCAGCUUAGCCCAAGAGAAGGAGGUGACCACUGGGAAGUCAGGGUUGUGUUAUUCUCCCAUUGGCAAGAGGCCAUUAAGUGAAAUCACUGGAUCUGAAGGAAAAACCCUUUCAUCCAAAGUGAUAGGCUCACCCAAAUCACAAUUCACUAAGUGGACCCUUCCUGAUGAAGUUACUUCUGAAUCAGACUGUGUAGCAAGUUCUGGCCAUUUUCAGAGAAUAUCUAGAGAAUUGGCAAAGGAAAGAGAAGAUGUGCAAGGGUCCACUGUGGGAGAGUCACCUAAACCUAAGGAGGAUGAUCCAGGAGAUAUGAUGAGUCUGGCAGGGCUUGAUGCUAAAGCCAGUUUUCGUUCCUCUUCUACCUCGGUACCAGUGUCUGUUCGCAGUCAUCCCCAGUCUUCACGAUUAAAGUACGUUAAUGAAGCAGAUAUUCCAACUCAAGUAAUCCCUACUGAACUUCAUCAUUCAGAACAAAAGUUACCAACUAAAACUUUAAACACCUUACUUCUGCAGUCUGAGCCACCAGAGUGUUCUGUAAGAGAAAGCAACCUGAAGAAGAAUAGCUUGGGUGCUUUGAGCCCUGAAUUGGGAGAAUCUAAUUUUGAUGAACAGAAGAGCAGGGAGAGAGAACAUACAAAUAUCAUGAAAAGCAUGCCCGAAGUCUACUCACUUUCUCAGUCAGUGUUUAGGAAGGUCACAAAAGCUGGGCAGUGUGAAAGUCAAGAUCCAAGAACUGAGCUCACACUCCGUAAAUCAGAUUUGAUUUCACUAGUAUCUCCUCGGGUUGGCUCAGUCAGGAGUGGUUCUAGUCUUGUUAAAAGCACUUCCUGGCACCAUAGUGAUUUAUUAAGGAGAGGUGGUGAAGAGAGUCUGAGAGCUUCCUCAGAACAUGAACAAAAGACUAAUCAGCAGUUAGAAAAGCCAGUGUCAGCAUUACAGAAUAGAGGCUCAUCAGCCAUACUUGAAUCUCCCAGAGAAGAUCACUGUCCAGUAGAAUUCAAGGCCACUGCUUCAUUACUGUCUAAUCAAGUGUCAGUUAUCACAAAGCAGAUAAGACCUGAAAAGAUUGAAAGUGCUCACUUGGAACAUGUGAGACUUCCUGGGAAUGAGCCCACCUCAGCAGCAGAAAACUGUGGUAACGAAGCUGAUGAUGGUUCUUCUGCAGGGAAAUGUGGAAAAGGGGACAAGGUGACAUCAGACCUCCAGGGAGUGGCUGCUGUGAAAAGCACUUCACCAGAAAUUUCUGCCUCUUGUAGAAAACUAGAUUUCAGUUCUCCAAGUGGAUCUUUACCGGCAGGAAAUUUUGAUUGUUCCCCAAAUAGUAAGUUGUCUUUCUCAUCUGAAAACAUCCUCAUCCAAAGCCAAGACCCUGUGAGGGAAGACUCAGUGCAGGGAGAGGUAAGGGAGUCCAGGCCAUCUCCUCACACCACAAAUUCAGACCCAUGUGGGGUGGAGGGCAGUGAGCUGCCUCCAGCUGAAGCAAGGGUAUCAGGAAGUUGUCCCGUUGAAGUGCCCGGUGAAGUCAUAGCAAGACCUGUCACUGAGGCCCCGACUGCUGCAAGCCCUUCUUGCACACCACAGAAUGUUCCUGAGCUUUCAAAGUUGGCAUCUGGAAUGCCUAGUGGCACCGUUCCCGAAUGCAUCGUCACCACAGAUGCUGCUUUUUCUUCAGUGUCUUGCAGAAAAGAUGAGGAGACACCAGUUAUCUCCCCAAGCAGUCUUCCUGGAACCUCAUACUGCUACACAGGCAUCCGGGAGGGAGGAGAGGAGACCGAGGUGGAGGGGAGUGAGGCCUUCAGCUGCAGUGAGGGUGAGCAUGAGACUGAGUCCAUCCUGGGGAGUGGACAACAGAGUGCCACCAGUGACACAGGGGAAGAUUUGGGAGGUCCAGGGGCUAGAGCAACUGAGGCGAGACCUUCCCUAGAGGUGGCUUAUCUGACUUCAGCUCUGCAAGAUUUUAACAUAAGUACUUUCACGGACAUAGACAGACUUUCUACAUCAGAAGUUGUAAUGUUUCUUGAAAGUUGUCAGCUAAAGGAUUUUAGUUCAGGGAAUUCUGUUUCAGAAUGUUCUAGUAAAGGAACCCCAAACAAAGAAAUGAACAAAGAGUUAAAGCAAAGUGGAAUCUCCGAAGAAAAAUGUAGGGAGCUAUCCUGUGAAGAAGAAACACUUGAUACCUCCGAAGAGUGGAUUGAAUCUGAAGAAGAUAACUGUUCUUUAAAAGAUCCAAGUCAACUCGCUCAGUGUUCUUUGGAAACGCUAUCUGAGGUUCUCACCAAGAUUGGGCAAGAACUGCAGACAAACUCUGAGGACUGUAAUGGUAAAGAUACUGGUAAUUUAAUUCUUGUAAAUAUCCCUGAUAGCCUGACAACUGAAGAAUUGAAAGAAAAAGCCCCAUCUCAGGCAGCAGUUGGUUCCACAUCCCACACCCCUGAACUGCUCCCACUUACCACCAUCGGGCACAGUAGAAGUGACUCUCCCGUGAGUGAUGGAUCUCAUCCUGGGGACACACCUGAGGAUGCAGCCAAGCCCCCUGACAUUGGUGAGCAGGGCCUGCCGGAACAGGGGGGGCCGUUGACCCUGUGUCCUGACUCCACAAUGCAGCCAAGCACAGAGCACAGUUCUGGUGGGGAGGCAGAGGCAACGUUUCAGUGUCAGAUAUCCACAGUGACCUCAGAAGUUAUCAAUGUACUUAUAAAUAAGGAUCAGAAUCUUGUCAUUGAAAAGGGGGACAACUGGACAAUCAUCAGCGGUGUGUCUGUCUCACCAGAUGUGGACCAGGUUAUACUGUGUGAUGCUCCUGGGGACGUAGCUGUUUCUCAGGAUCAGAGAGGGCUAGAAGCUGGGUUUGUUUCAGGGACUUCUAUGGAGAAGUCCCCAGAGACCAGUCACAUGGGCCCUCCCUUUCAGGAGCCUCCUUGUGGCAGUAAUCUUUCAGGUGCUCAAGAGGAUGUUUCAAACAGUGGUCAGAGUACCAACUUUGAUAAAAGUCGCUUGCGGAACAGACCUGUUAAGCCCAGCAUAUGGAUUAGUUCUCAAAUAUACGAUCAAACAUUUGAGACUCAAAAUGUUGCGUCUGAUCACACAUAUUAUAACUCAAAACUAGAGCCAUCUGGUAAAAAUAAGAAUCGAUCAAAGAUGUCAAACAAAGAUCAGUCAAACAAACCAGUAAAGACUUUGGCAUCAGGCAAAGGUGAAACUCAUCAGAGUGAGGUUCCUCAGUUGCCUUUGGGGGAAAGAGGUAACACCAAAACUCAAAGAAGUCAAACUCAGCCCAUUCUGGCAAAUGCAGAUACCUCUACUCCCACAGAUUGUUCUCCUGACACUUUGAGCAAGAUACGGCAAGAAGUGGGUCCUCCUCUGCCUCCUCUGCUCGCUCCUUUGAUAGCAACACCUCCAAGGACUUCACAGCCACUUUCUCCUCUGAUAUCAAGUUCUAGUCCUUCCCCGCCAGCCUCUCCUGCUGGCCAGAUUUCUCCCUCAUGUGAAACUCCAGUGCCUCCUAUGAUGUCUCCAUGGCCAGAAGACCCCCAGCGGGCUUCUCCAGGGCCCUCUCCAUCUCCAUCUGCUGCAACAACCAGUGGCAGGAUAGUGUCCUCUCCUUUGCAGUUCUGUGCAGCCACACCAAAGCAUGCACUUCCUGUGCCCGGUAGACUCCCACCUGGCGCUCCUGGUCACACUGCUGGGGGAGGGGCUCAAGAGAAUUCUGUCAAAAUCCUUGAUACCAUGUACCCAGAGUUAUCUGCCAGGGCCCGGACCCUCAACAUCCUCAAGGGGAACAUCCAGCUUUCCCGAGGUUCCUCUGCAGACUGUAAGGCCGCACCAGGGCCCGUCAGUGCUCUGAUUGGCUUCAAAGCCAUCACUUCAAAAUCGACUGCUUUCAUCAAAACAGGGGGCAGCUCUGCCAGUGAUGCUAGCCAAGGUAGGUCAAGAGAGAUGGGGACUCAGCAGGAGUCAGGUGGGAAAAGAGCACUGUCGGCUUCCACACUAAAGAGUGCAAAGAGAUUGCGCCUGGACAGUGAGUCCCCAGAACCAGACACCAGGGGAGCCCCUGCAGAAGAAGUCCACAAGAGCCUCCCGGGAAGUCUCCCUCAGGCUGAAGUUGUCAUGUCAGAGGAGGAGAGUUCUGUCCCAGCUGGCAGUCCAGUGUCUCGGUUCUCUGUCAGCACAGAAGAAGCCGUGGACUUGCAAGGCACAGCCAUAGCUCAUGCUCUCAAGAAAGUUGCUGAGUCUUCUUUUGACCUGCUACCUGUAAUUCGUAGUCAUGUGUACGUGGGAAACAUCUCCAAAAAGCCCGUAAUGCGAGACCAGGAGAAAGAAGUUGUAUAUGAGUUUAGCACAGCAAAAAAGCAUUUGGCAGAUUGCUUGCUUCACUCUAUUCUCUCAGAACUAAAAGUUCAGAAGACAUCAAGGGACCACAGUUACAUCCAUGCCCUGUGCAGAGUGUAUGUGGGCAUCUGCCGGCAACUGGGAGACCUGGAAAGAGCUCGCUUGUUCUGCUAUAGUCUGCUGAAGGAAGAUUUUCCAGAGUCUGAGAAGUUGACUUUGUUUAUUGCCAACAUGUGGCAUGAUGUAUUUCUCUCUCCCUCGGUGAUGAGUACAGCCAUGCAGUUGGUUGCCAGGCAACGUGCUAAGGGAGAGGUUCUGAACUGCUUGAGAGCCUUUCUCAAUUGGGAAAAGAAUGCACCUGUAGAUGUUGGCAUCAUGGUUUCUAAGCUACUUUUGACCAUACAGCUAAGUCCAAAAACAGAAUUUCAGUCCAGUGAGAAGUUUGGAGAAGACUUAAGUGAUAACAUUUGGGAAUAUAUAUUUGCCAUUGAUUUGCUCUGCUGUCAUAAGAAAUGGAUUUGGACACAUGAUAACAUCAUAAGUAAGGAGCUGUGGCCUGUCAUGGAUAAGUGGAUAAAGUAUAGAAAAGGACACACAAAUGUGGCAUAUACUCCCGACGUUAUCAUAGCAUCCAUCCUCAGACUGAUUGGUCGCUUGGGCCAAUUGGGUUUGAAGGAAGGAUUUCCAACUGCUGUGAAAAAUAUUAGUUCGGUUAUUGGUAUGUUCAUACAACAUGCUCAGGAUGAAGAUAUACCAUGGGGAAUACAGUUAGCAGCUGUGUAUGCUCUUUGUGACUUGAGUCCCAGCAACCCAGCGGAAAUUUCCAAGAUCCUAGAAGCUUGGCGGAGACAGACCUCCAGCAGCAUCCCAUCUGCAGUCGUCAGCUGCCUGGAAGAAGUCGGCUCCCUGAGUGUGGAGGGGCUCAGCUGAAGGCAGGGGCCGCUGCGGCUGGAGAAGUGCCUUGACACAUCCGCUGUCCGUACACUACUCAGCUUUAGGAAUACAGCGUGAGGUCCAGAUGUGAAGUAGGUAGAAUGGCAGCAGCCCUCCCCAGCGUGGGCAGGGAGAGCAGGCAGCUGUGUAAUUGUUCUUUCCUAAACCACAUACAUUUCACUUUGGCUGUUGUGAUCAUGUGACAUGGGUUGUGUAAUUGUGUCUUGGUCAAACAACAAACACUUGAACCUAGCCCUUUUUUUGCUGCAGAAAGUGUCCUUUUAGUGGCUUUUAAAAGUUGAAUGGCAUUUUAUAAUGAAUUUAACAAUAUAAAAACAAGAUUUGGUUCCUGGGCUAUUUUGGGCUUUAUGCUCAUAUAGUGUCUAGGAAGAAACAAAUUGGCUAAAAAAGAAAUAAAAGAGUCUUCCGCUCUCUUAGCUGGAAAUGGGCUACAGAAGUUUCUCUCAAGAUGUGCUUAAUUGACCACAGUAAAACACUGAGAGCUGUCAGCAGAAAUUCACUUUACUGCAUCUUCUUCAUAUCUCUAAAGGUUCUUAAGAAUAUUUAACUAUAUAUCAGGAAGGGAACUGAACCAUAGAUGUUCCACUGCAGGUUUUUGUAUCAGAACAUGUAUAUGAGUGACUCCGCGGUGACCGCAGCAGAGCUCGGUGUGCUGUGUACAUACGGACAGUGCUAUGAUGUGUCUCACAUUGGAUGAUAUUCCACUUUCGGAAUUUUAGUAUUUGUAUAUAGAAAAUGGGUUUAAUAACUCACCGUGAUUCUGAUUUGUCUUAUAUUCAUCAUUUCUUAAAACUCUUGUAUGUGUUUUUUAUAAUAAAAAAUAAAAGUAAGCCAUGCA